AUGGCUACAACCUUCGCUUCCUCUCUCUCCACCAAGCCCAACACCUGUUUCUUCGACCAAUCAUCCUUCCAUGGCGUUCCUGUUGCCUCUCCGAUUCGGAUCCAACCCAUCAAAUCCCACCACAACAAGACCAUGCCCAUUACCAUGUCUUACGAUCUCGGAUCCUUCACCUUUCGACCUAUCAAGGAAGCGAUUGUGUCUCGUGAAAUGACCAGGAGGUACAUGACCGACAUGAUAACCUAUGCCGAUACCGACGUUGUCGUAGUCGGUGCUGGCUCCGCUGGUCUCUCCUGCGCCUAUGAGCUUAGCAAAAACCCUAAUGUUCAGGUAGCCAUCAUUGAGCAAUCUGUGAGCCCUGGUGGUGGAGCAUGGCUUGGAGGACAACUGUUUUCAGCCAUGGUUGUCCGGAAGCCUGCACAUCUGUUCCUCGAUGAGCUAAACAUCGAGUACGACGAGCAAGAAGACUACGUUGUGAUAAAGCACGCUGCUUUGUUCACCUCCACCAUCAUGAGCAAGCUGUUGGCGCGGCCAAAUGUGAAGCUGUUCAACGCAGUGGCUGCAGAGGACUUGAUCAUCAAGGAAGGUAGAGUAGGCGGUGUCGUGACCAACUGGGCUUUGGUGUCGAUGAACCAUGACACACAAUCUUGCAUGGAUCCAAAUGUGAUGGAGGCUAAGGUGGUUGUGAGCUCAUGUGGUCAUGAUGGUCCCAUGGGUGCCACAGGAGUGAAGCGAUUGAGGAGCGUUGGGCUGAUCGAGAGCGUUCCUGGGAUGAAGGCUCUUGACAUGAACGCGGCUGAGGAUGCAAUUGUGAGGUUGACAAGGGAGAUUGUUCCUGGUAUGAUUGUCACGGGAAUGGAAGUUGCAGAGAUUGACGGAUCUCCAAGAAUGGGUCCAACAUUUGGGGCUAUGAUGAUAUCUGGACAGAAAGCGGCUCAUUUGGCGUUGAAGGCGUUGGGGCUCCCGAACGCGUUGGAUGGAACGCUGACGGGCAGCAUCCACCCAGAGCUGAUCCUUGCUGCUGCGGAUUCCGGUGAGAGCGUGGACGCCUAAAUGAAGUAAAUACUUGUUUAGGGCAGGGGAGGUUGGAUUUGAAUAAAUAAUAUUGCCAAUGGUACUUAUAUCUCGUAGCUUUUUCAUCAUUUCUUUGUUAGUAGUAUGUUUGUUUUUAUGUGAUGAAUCUGAAGAAGAAGAAG